UAAAUUUCAUCGUUUGGUGUAACAAAUUUCGGUGUUUGCAAUUUUUUCGGGACUAUAAAUACGAGUUUCUGAUAACGGAUCAUUGUGGAUCCAAAUGCCAAUUAGGGUUUUUACUUUUUUUUGUGUGCUUUUCUUCCGAGGCUAGUUUUCGGUUCCGCAUUGAUUGUUGUUUGACGGUAAAAGAGCGGAUCUCGGCAAAAUGGCAAACAAUUCAUCCAACGGAAGUCACCAGACCACACCAAAGCCACCUCCACAGCCUUCUCCUUUGCGUAAUUCCAAGUUUUUCAAGUCCAAUAUGAGAAUUUUGGUUACUGGAGGAGCUGGCUUCAUUGGCUCUCACCUUGUGGACAGAUUGAUGGAAAACGAAAAGAAUGAGGUAAUCGUUGUUGACAACUUCUUCACCGGUUCAAAGGACAAUCUUAGGAAAUGGAUUGGCCAUCCCAGAUUUGAGCUUAUUCGUCAUGAUGUUACUGAAACAUUGUUGGUCGAGGUUGAUCAGAUUUACCAUCUUGCUUGCCCAGCUUCGCCAAUUUUCUAUAAAUAUAAUCCUGUAAAGACAAUAAAGACAAACGUGAUUGGCACACUGAAUAUGCUUGGACUUGCUAAGCGAGUUGGAGCAAGGAUUUUGCUUACAUCAACUUCAGAGGUAUAUGGUGAUCCUCUUGUGCAUCCCCAACCUGAAACCUACUGGGGUAAUGUUAACCCAAUUGGAGUCAGAAGCUGCUAUGACGAGGGGAAGCGUGUGGCUGAGACCUUAAUGUUUGACUAUCAUAGGCAGCAUGGAAUAGAAAUUCGGAUUGCCAGAAUCUUCAACACAUAUGGACCACGGAUGAAUAUUGAUGAUGGCCGUGUAGUCAGCAAUUUCAUAGCGCAAGCACUCCGUGAUGAACCUUUGACAGUCCAACUUCCUGGAACUCAAACUCGCAGUUUCUGUUAUGUCUCUGACAUGGUUGAUGGCCUAAUUCGCCUUAUGGAAGGAGAGCACACCGGGCCCAUCAACAUUGGAAACCCAGGUGAAUUCACAAUGCUUGAACUUGCGGAGACUGUGAAGGAGCUGAUCAAUCCCAACGUGGAGAUAAAGACUGUGGAGAACACUCCGGACGAUCCGCGGCAGAGGAAACCCGACAUUACAAAAGCAAAAGAAUUGCUGGGAUGGGAGCCCAAAAUCAAGUUACGGGAAGGCCUUCCCCUCAUGGAGGAGGAUUUCCGACUAAGGCUUGGAGUGCCCAAGAAGAAAUGAAUGUCCAUAGCUGCAAACAUAUAUAUAUGAGCAUGGAUAAAGCUCUCGUUCAUGGAAUUUUCCAUUCAACGUAGCAAUUGGAGUGCUCUCUGUGUCCAAAAUAUGCACGUCUUACUAUGUUUUCAUGUUGCCAAGUUUUCAUUUCAAUUGUGCCCUUUCUAGGAAAUAAAUGGUGGUGACUUGUGUCUCACACAUUUCAUUCAUAAUUUCAGCUUCUUCUUUCUUUUCUGUUUUUGUCACGAGUGGCACAUGGAUACUGUGAUACUCUACAAUCUGGCGGUCGCCAUUGGUAUUUAGUUAUUGAAGGCCUUGUUCUCAUGUCGAGUCGAUGCUUAUGUUGUAUGCUGCUUGUUACAAAACCAGUUUUGUUACCUUAAAUAACAAAUCAACAUUUUUUUUA